CAAAAACAAAUGCACUUUCAUUUUCAUCUUGGUCGUGAACGACACUGGAGCUAGAGGCCGACAAUUACGUAUCCCCUCCUCUACUAACAAGUUUUUUUUUAUACCAUGAUGUUGUUGAUUUCAUCUUUUUUUGGUUGUGAUGGAGCAUUGUUUCUGUUUUUUUUCGUCGUUUCCAGCUUAUAGGCUACAUGUAUUUGUUGUGUUGCCUUGAUUGGGUACCUUUAUUUUUGGUUGUAUGAGUUUUCUAAACAUAAAUGGUUGAAUUUCUUUUGGUGUGCUCCGUUCCUUUCAUUAUUACUUUAUGGUGUUUGUCUUUUCGUUUACCAACAUUUUGUUCAUUUAGUCAUUUGUUUCUUUUAAUGGUUCCUUAAUAGGCUAGAGGUUGAUCAUUACGUAAAGGUUUCUUUUUUAUACCAUGAUGUUGUUGAUUUCGUCUUUCUUUUGUUGUAAUGGAGCGUUGUUUAUGUUUUGUCGUCGUUUCUAGUUUAUUUUUUCACAAUAGGUUACAUGUAUUUGUUGUGUUGCCUGGGUUUGUGUAGUUGAAGGUGUUUAUUAGGUUUUUGGUGCCUUGCCUUCGUUUAGUUUUGAAUCCAUUUUCACUUCCAUUGGCCAUGUUUGGACACAUGUUAUCUAUUACUAGUUUUUGUUGUCAUGCCUUUCUUUUAUAUACCCUAACUGCAAUUGCUAUUUUUUUUGUCCGAGAACAACAAAGAAGCUGAGAAGGACAACCACAAAGUAGUCGCCUCAUACGUAUCCCCCAACCGUUAGUGCAGAAUAUUGUCAUUUAUUUCAAGUUAUGUCUCGGAAGGAAAACAUGUUAUCUGAAUUGCAAACAAAGAAAGAUACUUGGAAAAUAGUUGUGCGAAUCACUGAUAUGUGGCAUGUGAACAAGCACAAUGGUAGACUAGCCAUUAACAUGGUGUUGAUGGACCAUACGGGUGCAAAGAUUGGCGCAACUCUAUGGCAAGAAUUGUUCCCUGAAUUUGAGCCCAAGUUGUGAUGUGGUGGUGCAUAUUUGAUUCAAAACAUCAAGGUUGUUGACAAUAAUUCUGAAUACAAAAUGUUGUCGAUGUUGUUGCUGAAGUUAUUGAAUGUAAGACAGUUAAUCCUGUGUGCAAAGUUACUGUGAAGUUGAGAGAUAACAAGUAUUUUUCCUUCCAUUAAGUUGUAAGGGCUAUUAAUAUUUAAACCAUUACAAGUGCUAUCAUUUUAUGUUUUGUUCUGUUGUAGUGAUGCUGAGAUCAUCAUGACUGUGUAGGAGGAAUAUGCUCUUCAGCUUGAUGAUGCUAUCGAGAAAAACCAUUUUGUUCAGAAGUCAUUUAUCAUUAUGUUAACUUUUGCUAAGAUCAAAGAUCCGAAAGGCCGGUGUUAUGUCAAUUUCUAUUUGUUACAUAUUUGCUUCAUUUGAAUUUAUCAAUGUAUUUAUACAUGUAACUCUUAUUUUUUUGCAGAGAAGUAUCUGCUCAGUGUCCAAAAUAUUAAGCAUGGGUCCAAGUUGUAUGUCAACACUGACAUUGCAAAAAUCCAACAAUUUUGUGAUAAUUUACGUGUGUCAUUUUAUGUUGGCGGAGUAACAGAUGAAGGAUGUGUAUCUUAGUCCCAGUAUACCCAACUUUCACAACAAAACUCAGGGGAAAAGUUUUUGCAUAAUGCUCAGAUGUUGAGGUUAGGUGAAAUAAGCAGACUGAGACAGGACUGUUAUUGUUUGAUCGUUGCUAUGGUGGAUGAAGUGAUGAUUGAUACACCAUGGAAUUAUGAUAGUUGUCCCUACUGUACUACAACGUUUGAUCCUCCUAAAAAAUCAACAGUUUGUUUACUGGAAAGAUAGUCAACCAAUUGGCAUAGUACUAUCUAAGAGUACAAUCAAAGAAUCAAUGUUUACAACUUGAAUGGAUUCUAAUAAAAUAUGUCAUCAUGGACGGGAUCUUACUUAUGUUGAAUAUGUGUCCAAAUUCGUUUAUGAUGCACGCAAAAGAUGCUAGAAACCAAGAAAACAAGGAAAUACAAUUGGCAGGCUCAUAUGGGUAUCUCCUUCCAGUGGAGAGUUGUUUUACAUGAGGAUGAUGCUUUCCUCCGCUAAAGGGUCACAAUCUUACAAAGAUAUUAGAACAGUAGAAAAUGUUGUCUACCAAACAUUCAGAGAAACAUGCUUUGCAAAAGGUUUUCUAGGAAGUGAUCAAGAAUUUGUUUGUGUUUUACGAGAAGCAAACACUUGAGGAACUCCACACUUUCUUAGGAAGUUAUUUGUGAAGCUUCUAUUUAUGAAUACCAUGGAUAGACCAAAAUAUGUGUGGGAAUAAACUUGAUAAUGGAUGGCAGAUGAUAUUGUAUUUAAUCAUAGAAGACAAGGUAAUUUCAUCAAUCCUAAAUAAAUACAUAUCAAUCAUAGCAAACAACCCACUUGCUAACAAUGUCUUUGUUAUACUAUUCAUGGCAUUCAUCUCACAGACAAAGAAACAAUGCAUCUUUGUUUGACUGAAAUUGAAACCUCCUACAAGCCAACAGAAAAAGCCUACGAGAUUUCCCUUCAAUGUCAUACCCAAUAGGAUAUGCUGCCAACCCGCACAGAAAUAAGCUCAUCUACAAUGAGCUGGCUUAUGACAAGGACAUUUUGGCUGUUGAAUUUAACAGAUGCUAUCACUCACUAACAGGCAUUUACAUCAUAUUUUAGUUUUUCUUAAAACAAUAUUCAUUCCUAACAAUCCAUACUACUAAUACAUUAUGCAUACAUUACUAAAUCCAUAUGAGCAUGCUUCUAUUUUUGAUAAGAUUAUGCAUGUGGUUGCAACUCAAUCAAACGGAGUUUAUUUUCUCGAUGGAUAUGGUGGCACAAGCAAGACCUUGGUCUAGAAAACUUUAUCAUCUGCUAUACGCUCUAAUGGCGGCAUUGUUUUGAUAGUGGCUUCAAGUAGGAUUGCCUCAAUCCUACUGCCUGGGGGUAGAACAACACAUUCUAAGUUUGCUAUACCAAUGCCUGCAACACAAAAUUCUACAUGCAAUAUUCAUCAGGGGAGUGACUUGGCUGAAUUGUUGCAGAUGACAAAACUCAUAAUUUGGGAUGAAGCUCCAAUGUGUCACAGGUACAGUAUUGAGGCACUUGACAAAGGCUUAAAAGACAUCAUGCACAACGAUAAACCUUUUGGAGGUAAGGUCAUUGUUUUUUGUGGUGAUUUCCGUCAAAUACUACUUGUUGUGCCAAGAGGUAAUCGCUCUGACAUUGUCCACGCAACUCUAAAUGCAUCAUACAUUUGGGACCAUUGUCAAAUUCUUAAGCUGACAAAAAACAUGCGAUUGCAAUUGAAUUUUGCUGUCCAUACCAACUGUGAUGACCUCAAACUAUUUUUUGAUUGGCUCCUAGACAUAGGUGAUAAUAAACUUGGAGAACCUAACGAUGGUUAUGGCGAAAUCACCAUCCUAGAUGAGUUUCUUAUCAAGAACUUUCAAGAUCCUAUCCAGGAAAUUGUUGAAGCAACAUAUCCAGACUUAUUACAUAACUAUAGCAAUGGAGAUUUCUUGCAAAAAAGAGUUGUUCUAGCCUCUACGAAAGAAGUUGUUGACAAAAUAAAUGACUUCAACCAUACACCAUGUGAGGUAGCCUCAAAACAAGAAACGAACUCAGCCUCUAUAAAUGUCCUAUCUUUGAUUCUUGGUGAGGAGAAAGAAUAUUGUAGUGUUGAUAGUGUUGAUAAAUCUAAUGAACUACUCAGUCAUGCUUUCAGAGUACUAACACCUGAAUUUCUAAACUCAUUGAAAACAUUAGGAAUACCUAAUCACAAGCUCAAAAUCAAGGUUGGUACUCUCAUCAUACUACUACGAAAUUUGGACCAGGCUAAUAGGUUAUGCAACGGAACUAGACUUAUUAUUACAAGGCUUGGUUCAAAUGUGGUUGAAGCAGAGAUUAUUACUAGACCCAAUAUAGGUCAUAGGACAUACAUACCAAGAAUGAAUUUGUCUUCUUUUGAUUCUCCAUGGCCAUUCAAGCUAAUUAGAAGACAGUUUUCAUUCAUGGUUUCAUUUGCAAUGAUCAUUAACAAAUCUCACGGACAGUCGUUGACACAUGUUGUAUUGUAUUUGCCAAACCCAAUUUUUUCUCAUGGCCAGCUAUAUGUUGCACUCUCACGAGUUCAAAGCAAAAAAAGACUCUAUAUUCUUAUUCAUGAUAAUCAAGGCACUCCCAAAAAUACUAUCAUUAAUGUAGUAUACAAAAAAGUAUUCACAAACUUAUAA